AUGACCGUCACCAACAGUAACGACCAGAAUUAUCUCACAGUGGCUGAUACCCUGGUCGUCUCAACGAGUUCAAGGAGUUCAAAUUAUGUUGAUCUGGUUGUCCCGGGCAAUCUGACUCGUCUCGCGCCGGGUCAGAGUGCCAUUGUACAAGUUAAAGUAAAAAAUAAAGCUGGAGUUGCAGCAGACACUUUGUGUACUGUGGACAUUGUUGCCACGUACGGUCAAGCAUACGACAGCUUGAACAAUCACUGGAAUCCAGAUUGGUACAAUAACGUGAAAUCUGGCAUCUUCAUCCAUUGGGGGCCUUACUCGGCACCGGCUUAUGGAAGCGUUGCCCCAAAUGAAGACUAUGCAGAAUGGUAUUGGAUGCGCCAGCAUCAGCCAUCCUACAAGACCCAAAUAAAUCAGUACCAUUUGGAAAUAUACGGUGAAAAUUUUAUCUGCGAUGAUUUUAUGAGCAAUUUCACCGGCGCGGCGUGGGAUCCAAAGGAGUGGAUGAAUUUGAUUGCAGAUUCUGGAACACAUUACUUUGCGCUAGUCACAAAACAUCAUAACGGAUUCGCUCUUUUUGAUUUCCUAUUAAUGUUAGCAUGUGGUCUUCCAUCCAUUAUGGUCCAAAAAGAGACUUCAUUGGAGAACCACUUGCAAAAACUAAAAAAUAUUAUCCUGGAAUUCGUCGUGGGGUUACGAAUAGCAACUUCCUGCUCGAUAUUGGACCCAUGCACAACGGCUCCAUUCCAGGAAUUAUGCAAACAGGUCUUCGCGACGCUGGCGCCUGGCUUCGAACGCAUGACGAAGGCAUCUUAUGACACUAGGUAUUGGAGCGUAACUCCCGGCACGGGUCAAAUACGUUACACGACAACGGCAGACGCUUUUUGUAUUCAUUAUAUGGGUGCUCCGCCUCUGUUGAUUCCAAUUUCUGACCCUGUACCCUGGCUACCGGGAGAUACGGUGACGGUGCUGGGCGGUAAUAAGAAUGAUACCAUCGUUCCGGUCACAAAAUCUGACGACGUACUCAACUUGACUCUUACGGAAGACAUUGUUCAAGCCGACACGUAUGUAUGGUCAUUCAAGCUUUCGUACACUAGUGACAGGUGA